AUGAGGAGUGACGUCACUAGUGCUGUCAUUGUUAGACUGAUCCCACUGCCUGCAUACACAAACGCCAUGCUGUAGAUGCCUGCGCAAGACAGGAGACCAGUUUUGUUUUCAUUCAUCUGACAGCUGAUUCUACUUUCUGGUUGCGUUCACGCCGUUCCUACCAUGUAAAACCAAUUAUUUUACAUGUUCUAAAGCAAAAAUGGUUUACUGCGUCGCACCAAACUGCAGCAGUGAUUCAACGAAGGUGUUGAAAGUAGAUGGGGUCGGUUAUUACAAUUUUCCUCGCGACAAGAAGGCCCGAAAAGUAUGGGUAAGACGCAUGCAUCGUCCGUCUUCUUGGGUCCCGUCUCUCGGUGCGAGGGUAUGUUCGAAGCACUUCGUUGCCGGAGAUUACCUGCUGGACCCAGCCAUAUGCCGUGCGAUAGGAUUUGACCCUAAAAAACGCCUGUUGAAGCCAGGUGCCUUCCCUACACUCUUCAGUCAUGGUGAAGGCGAUGCCAUGGAUGGUACGCCUACGACCAGUGCGCCGCGGUCAGCUGUGCAGAAGAGGGCACAUCAGCAGGCUGUAGCAGAGGCGGUAGCGGGAUACAACGUGUUGUAUGGAGAGGAGGCGGAGGUGGCAGCUGAGCAGGAUGAUGGUUUUGUGAUGGCUGAUGAAGGCCGAUUUGAGGAGGUUGGCAAUCACCUGAUAGAGGAUGCAGUACUGCCACAGAGUUUAGACGAUUUGGAGGUUUUGCCACAAGAACACCCUGAAACCUUUGCCAUUGGGACACAAGUUGGCUCCUCAGUCUCCAUGCGGUUUGCCAAGGCUGUCCAGGUCAAUAUUGUCACUGGGUCUCGGAACAAAGGUUCACAGACAACCUCCUGCACCGGGGAUAUUGGCUGUCAGGCAGAACCAGAAGUCCGAGAAAUUGCCAUUCAGACAGAUCUGUUUGACAUUGAUGUGCCAGUUUUCCAAGGCUUGAAACCAAGUGAUGAAGACAUGGAGGAUGAAGAGGUGCACUUUCCAAGUCAGGAAACGAUGAAGACUGAUGACAGUGACGAUGAAGACAGGGAGCCAUGUGAAGAUGAUUAUUGUCAAGAAUUUGAUGACUCGCUCCUUGAUGAUGAAAAUGUAUCCGGCAAACAUUAUGAUUUCGACAAUGAGUAUGAACAGCCCUCCCCUCAAUAUGAGAGAAAAUUCAUUGUCUUUGAAUCAAGCUUGAGGCUUCUGUUCAUGUUUUGUCAAGUUUGCAGGGCACCAUGUCGAGUCGCACUCCGUACACUUGGCACAGCUGUGAUGGUGAUGGCGAUUUGUGAAAAUCAACAUCAACAGGAAUGGACAUCACAACCAUUUAAAGGACAGCUUCCCAUUGGAAAUUUGCUUUUGGCUGCAGGUGUAAAAAAGAAAAUGGACAAUAUUGCCAAGAAGUACAAACUUUGCAGGAUACUCGCAAAAUGGUCCCAAUCAGUGUCCAACCAUAUCUUCUGGUGUGCUGCCUCAAGUAAUGGGAAUGGUGACUUGGUUGAAGCAAAGUGGCUCUCCAUUCUAAACCAUGUUGCCGACGUACACGAUGGGCAUGGGGAUUUGUACCCAAAAUGUCUUCAUGGUCCUCUAGAAGACAGAGAAUGGAUCAAGAAAGGUAGCAAGGCCCACAAGGAACUUACGCUGAUUCUCACUCAAAAGAUAUUGCUCAAGGACAUCAGAAAGGUUUCACCAGGAGUACAGACUUCAUCUCUUGAGUCGUAUCACAAAAUUGUUGGUUAUUUCGCUCCCAAAUCCCGCCAUUUCUUCUAUGAGCCAAUGAAAGCAAGGUUACUGCUCGCCACACUCCACUUCAAUGAAAAUUCAAAUCGGAAACAGCGUAUGGGACAAGAUGAACAGCCGCAGUGGUCGAUUUCAUACCCCAAGGGGAGAGGAGGAGCUGCAGUAGCAAAAGAGGUCAAAAUUGAAUCAACAUAUGACUAUGUACAGCUAAUUCUGGAGGACCUGCUGAAGCGGAGAGAUGACCUGCCAUCUUACAAAUUGGCAAGAGAUGCAAAGGACAAGUACCAAGUGACUCAUCCUAUUCCAGGUCCAGUGUGCUCAAAGUACGACAAGCAGGACAAGAUGAAAGUUGUAGAAGAAACAAAAACGAGGUUUAACAAACUGUAG